AUUCACUAAAGCAAUAAUUGCUUUUAGACCACUUCCAGACUCCAGUGUAGUAAAAGCUCCUAGUAGAGUACCGAAGUCACUUUUCUCAUCGAUACUCAGCAACCAGGCACUCGGUCACUGACAGAGUAGCACUCUUAUUUUUCAGUUUUUGGGCUAAACGUUCAUAAUGCGUAAGGAGGCACAACCAAAUUAAGAAGUGCAGUAGUACGAAACUUGGUGCUUCCAUCUUGCGGUAAACCAUUCAGUAAUAUGAUUUCCGUUCGUAGAUAUUGCUUUAGAAUGGAUGUUCUUUCUUAUAGUUUGAAUUCCAUCACUGGCACUUUGAGGCCUAUACACUAUUUGAUUCAAACCCAAAUUGACCCAGUUCCUAAAAUCGCUUCAAAUGGAUAUCUUGGUAUAUAUGAGCGGUUUUUGCUGUGUAAUUAUUACUCGACCAAGCCCCCAUUGCGAUCUUUUAGAAGGAGAGAGCAUAAGAGAUCGGAAUCCAAUAAAUCGACUCUUGAUGAAGUCCAGUUUCAAAGGGCCUUAUCCCAGUUGUUGCCUAGAUUUACACCUGAAGAACUUUGCAAUGUUAUAACUCAGCAAGACAAUCCUUUUGUGUGUUUAGAGUUGUUCAAUUGGGCAUCACAACAGCCACGGUUCAAACACGAUGUUUCUACUUAUCACAUUACGAUCAAGAAACUUGGAGUAGCUAAAAUGUAUCAAGAAAUGGAUGAUGUUGUCAACCAAGUGCUUGCUAUUUCUUACAUUGGUUCUGAGGCGCUUUACAAUUCCAUUAUUUACUUUUUCAUGGAAGCCCGGAAGUUGACUAGAGCCGUCAAUAUAUUUAAACACAUGAGGAACAGCAGAAACAUGGAGUGUAGGCCUUCAAUUAGGACGUAUAAUAUUCUUUUUACGGCCUUUUUGAGUAGGGGAUCUAAUUCUUACAUAAAUCACAUGUAUAUGGAGACCACCAGGUGUCUGUUUCGGCAAAUGGUGGAUGAUGGGAUUGAGCCUGAUAUACACUCUUUGAAUUCUAUGAUUAAGGGUUAUGUACUUUCCCUUCAUCUCAAUGAUGCACUUAGAAUAUUCCAUCAGAUGGAUGUGGUAUAUAAAUGCACACCAAACUCGUUUUCCUAUGAUUAUCUCAUCCAUGGGUUAUGUUGCCAAGGCCGAACACACAAUGCUAAGCAGCUGUGCAAUGAAAUGAAGAGCAAAGGGUUUAUGCCAAGUAGUAAAUCAUACAACUCGCUUGUGAACGCUUUGGCUCUUCAUGGAGAGGUUGAGGAGGCACUGAAGUAUCUGUGGGAGAUGAUUGAGAAUCAAAGAUCAGCUGAAUUCAUUACUUAUAAGACAGUACUUGAUGAAAUCUGCAGACAAGGAAGGGUUGGAGAGGCAAUGAAGUUGUUGAAGGAUUUCAAAGAGAAAGACCUUCUCAAUGGGCAUGCUUACAGGAAGCUUCUAUAUGUUCUUGAAGAUGACUACGGAGAUCCGAAUGCUCAUGCUCAAAUCAGAUAAACAGGCUUUAAAAGUUACCCCCCUUAACCCACCUUAAACCCGGUUGUUAAGAAGUCAGCACAGCUCACUCUCCGAGGAGUUUCUGCCAAGCAUGUAUUCACCAGCAUCUCUUCCCUAAAACAUGCUCCAGUGGCAUCCUGCUUGUCCAAGACAAAGCCAGGGGAACUAGAAGAUUCUGUGCUCCAAUUGGUACAAUAGCACCACCAUGCCUCACUUGGAAUCCACAAAAUCACUGAGAAGCCGAACUACAGAAUGCCACCAAUUCCCAAUUUGUCAAACGUACUGAUCAAUGGCUCUCAGUCGCUCGCUCUAUCAACACUGCCAUAAAGGACAUCGGAGACUUUGAGAACUGGAUGAACAUCGUGGAAUUUGAUUCUCAAAGUAUCACCGCAGCCAUCCAGGUUUGCUUUAGAGACAUUGUGGAUGAGCACUGCACUUCUGGUGGACCAUUUUUUUGGCUGUUGUCUGGAUGAAUCUCACAUGUUUGUGAUUCCAGGCCUGGUAAAUACAUGAAUGUGAACCUUUUGUCAUGUGAUUGUACUUGUUUAUCUAAUUACGAAGCGACUGGAUUAGCAUACCGGAAAAAUUGUACACUGAACUAGAUGUAUUCGAAUUGAGGGAAAAUUUAUAGAGGAAAAGGGAUUUGAAGAGCCUACGGGGGGAAAUUAUGCA